AAACCCUAAAACAAAUAAUUAGAAGGAGGGCGUGGUAACUUAAAUAUUUGUUUGACCGAGUGGGUGGUGAGAGCAAGAGCGAGAGCGAGGGUAAUUGACUCUUGGAGUAUAAUAAGAUUGUCUUGUGUUUUCUUGGAUCAGAUUCAGUUCAGAUAAUAUGGUUAUCCCACCCCCAGUGAGGCCUCCCAGGAUUACACAAUUUCUCAAACCUUAUGUUCUGAAGAUGCAUUUUACCAAUAAGUAUGUGAGUGCCCAGGUGAUUCACACCCCAACUGCUACAGUAGCCUCUUCUGCAAGCUCACAGGAGAAAGCCUUGAGAUCAAGCUUGGAAACUAGUCGCGAUGUCGCUGCAGCUGCAAAGAUUGGGAAGAUACUAGCAGAACGCCUUUUGCUUAAGGACAUUCCUGCAGUUUCUGUUCACUUGAAGAGAGAACAGAAGUAUCAUGGUAAGGUUAAAGCGGUUAUUGAUUCUAUCAGGGAAGCUGGUGUUAAGCUGCUUUGAGCAUGAUUGUUUGUGGAUGUUUAAUUGUACCUUAGAGAGAACAACCUUGUUGGAUCUUGUCUUCAUUUUUAUUUUUAAGUUGCCAUCAUAACUGGGAGCUCAUUACUUUACUAGAAAUAAGAUGAGUGUUGAUGGUUGCUUAGAGUGUGGAGUGUGUUUGUUUUACUCAUUUCCCACUUUCCAAUGCACUUCCAACAGUUUGCAGUUGAAACUUGCAAACCCAUGUUCAACGGAAAAGACACAAAAACUUGCUUCCUAUUUUUGUGCAUUGGAAGGUGUGUACCGUUUGCAUGAUGUUGGUGUUCAACUAAACUAAGGGUAUUCAAACACACCCUUAA